UCAUUUUAUCUUUAAUUCAUCAAGCGUUAAUUCGGACCACCAAAUUAAUUAAUUCCAACUACAAUGAGUUUUUUUCCCUCCAACGAACAAUCAAGAGAAAUUCAAAAAAUAAGAGCAGUUGUGCCGGACCGCCGCCUCGAUCUGCCUCAAUCUUUGGGUCAGCAGCUGCAUCGAUCAUCGUCCUCCACUCAUAACUCAUCAGUCGACGCGUCUUCUGUUUUUAAUUGCUUCAGCUUCGCCCCUUCUCACCUUUAAUUUGUUUCUGGCUCCUCCCUCAUGCACAGUGCAUUGCAAAUUGACCACAUCUGCUGAUGCGCACAACCUGUUCGAUAAAAUGCUGAAGAGAGCAAUAGCAAGAGAAAACUACACUUCCACUUUCAGUCAUCAUCAGAAGCGAACUCUCGUAAACGCAAAGGUGAAAUGGGUAAAAGACGGUGUCUUAGACAGGGCAGUAGCCGGUGGGAGAGAACUCAAGGCCGCCUCUAUUCUUCUUUCCCUCAUUGGCUCAGACCCCCAGCAUUGGCUUCCCAUUUAUCAUCUCCGUCGCUAUCGCGGCCAGCUUGGCCUCCCUCUUCACCUCAAACUUUCCGCUUUUCUUAGACGAUACCCCAGCAUUUUCCAGGAGUUCUAUCGUCGUGAUACCGGAGGAACUCCGGUUCCUUGCUUCAGAUUAACUUCCCAGGCACUAGAGCUUCACCAAGAAGAAGCUGAGAUACUCAGAGAGUGUCAUACAGAUAUAGUUAACAGGUUGAGGAAGCUUCUUAUGCUGACCAAGGAAAGAAUGCUUCCUCUGCAAACACUUGAUCAGCUGAAGUGGGAUAUAGGUUUGCCGAGUGAUUACCAGAGAUUGUUUACCAACAACUCUUCAGAUUUGUUUUCUUUGGUUCGUCUUUGUGAUGAUCGUGUGGGAUUAAAGCUAUUGCUUUGGGAUGAUUUUUUAGCGGUUUCCCAUUUAGAAAUGAAUUCUGUGAUGAAGAAUGGAACAUUGGCUUUCCCCAUUGGAUUCCCAAGGGGUUUUGGGUUGAAAAGGAAGUUUAUGGAGUGGUUGGAGGAGUGGCAGAAGCUGCCUUAUACAUCUCCUUUUGCAGUAGAUUUGGCCUCGCGUUUGGAUCCCCGCACUGAUGUUUCAGAGAAGAGAAUUGUGGGAGUCUUUCAUGAGCUUUUGCACCUUACAUUGCAGAAGAAGACAGAGAGGAAGAAUGUGAGCAAUCUUCGUAAACCGUUGGGAUUGCCUCAAAAAUUCACCAAAGUGUUUGAGAGGCAUCCUGGGAUUUUUUACAUUUCUAAAAAGGGUGACACCCAAACUGUUGUCCUCAGAGAGGCAUAUGAUCACAGUCAACUCAUUGAGAAGCACCCCCUUGUUGGUUUGAGGGAUAAAUUAGCGAGUAUAAUGAAUCAAGGGUUUUUGGAUCGUAGUCGGGGUUUGUAUAGCAAGGAGACCAAAGGAGGCUUUGAGCAAGAUUCAUUAACAAGUUGUUUUGUUGGUGAAAGAACUAGAUAUGUAUCUGAUGAGGACUCAGAUUUUAAUCUCCUUUCGGAAUAUGAAUCAGACUAAACCAUAUGACAUUGUGAAGUAAUAACUGCAGCCUGACAUGAUUGAAUGCUACAUGAUGAAUAAGUACAUUGUUUCUUAUCCAUAUGCCAAUGGGCUUCUGAUAGCAAAUGGCUUGUUACUGUCACUCACCUGAGCUCUCAUAGUCAUAAUUUUUGGAGGGACAAAUAUUGCGAGGCGUUUUCUCAAGUAAAAGUAGCAAGAUAUUUGAAUUUAAAUGAGAGAGCUGGUGGAAAUAAGUUAUUCUGGAUAGUCAGAGCAAUAAUUUAGAGAGGCAUUGCUUUGAGUGGAAUGAUGCUGGAAGGCUGAGAAAAUCUUUGAUGGAAAGGUAUUUGCACAGUUGUCAUGUUCCAAUUAGACUAAAGGCGUGAGAAGUUCAAUAAAUCAACACUUUGAAUGUAAGAACAUACAGUUGUUAUGUACUUGACUGUUGGAUAUUUGGUACUAUCUUUUAUAAUCUGUGAGUUAUAUUUGGGGAAUCAGGCUGAGAACUUGGUGGUUAAUUUAACACUAAAUAGAAGCAAGAGAGAGCACCCUGACUUUGUAGCCUUUCUAUUUUUGUGCACUUAAGAAGUAAGCAAUGGGGAAAUUGAUCAUAAUGUAAGCCUAUAAAUAGGUGGAAGAAGGAAGAUUGUGCAUGCAGAAAGACAUGGCAAACGGCAGAUGAGGAAA